GGCGCAGCGCGAGAGGAGAAACAGAAACAUAUGAGCUUAACACCGUAAUACUCUUAUCAUAGAAAUAGAAGCAGUCCUCAAUUCCCGCCCGCUAACUCCUAUCUCCACCGAUCCAAAUGAUCUCCUAGCCCUCACUCCCGGACAUUUCCUCAUUGGCGAUUCAUUAAUGUGCUUACGUGAUCGAGAUUUCAGAGACAUUCCAUCGAACCGACUCUCCAAAUGGCAGCAUAUCCAACAGCUUAAACAACAUUUUUGGAACCGCUGGCAUAAGGAGUAUUUGAACGAGCUAACCAACCGCAAUAAAUGGAGCAAGGGUGGACACAGCAUCCAAAAGGGCACAAUCGUCAUCCUCAGAGAGGACAACGUUCCCUCCAUGCAUUGGCCUCUGGGCCGAGUUAUCAAGGUUCAUCCAGGCGCCGAUGGUGUCAUCCGGACAGCUACAGUUCAGACGGCAAAGAGCAUUUUGGAUCGGGGCGUCAAAAGGCUUGUCCCACUGCCAAUUCAACCCGAUCUCGAGAAACCCGAACAACUAGCCACCGAGACGAAAUAAGAUGGGAACUUCAACCACACCUCCCUAGUUUGAUCGGUACCCUCUCAACGGGGGGAGAAUGUUACGCCAUGCGGCUUACCAUAGGUCAUAUUCUUAACUAUCGAUCGCGGCACUAUAAUGUCGCAGACGGAUCGUCGCGUCUGCCCGGCAAACAAACAUUGUAGUGGCAAGCGCAUGGUUCAUUAAGCAGGGCGACUUCCAGAAACGUCGACUCGUGGCCCGUAUUUUACCUCGCAUAAAAGAAUGUGGCGUGAUCCGAACGUAGUGGGGGUCGCCUUCCAGAAAAAACGAAAAAAAUCGAAAGGCGUUCAGAACUUUUCCAGAAGUCGAACCGUCAACACAUGUGGCGCUUGGCCAUGGAUCGUUGCAUUAGGUUUUCGUAAUCCCCGAAACCCAGACAAACCACUAUGGAAGUGCGGAGGUUCCCUGAUAUCGGCUAGGCAUGUUUUGACCGCAGCACAUUGUGCACAUAUGGAUGGAAUAGAAAACAUACACAAUCAUAAUAUUGCCAUUCUUAGAUUGGUGGAGGAGGUGCCAUUUUCGAGGUACGUAUAUCCCAUUUGUACGAAAGAGCUCCUGCGAAAGAGCAACUUCGUCGGCUAUAACCCCCUUGUUGCUGGAUGGGGAGCAUUAAGAUAUAGACGACCACGACGUAAUGCAUUAAUGGAAGUACAAAUGCCAGUGAUUAAGAACGCCGAAUGCAAAAUAGCUUAUUCCAAAUUUCCUAAUGCACCUGAUGUCACUGAUGGUAUAAUAUGCGCCGAACGUGCUCAGGGUGGAAAGGAUUCUUGUACGGCUGUUAAUCUAGAGGCUGGAGUACAAAGAAGUGGCACAAUGAUGUGGGCUGAUGACAUUUAUAAUUAUCAAGGAAUCACCCCUACAUUCGCUCAGAAUUUUAAUGAAACUGUCCCUUGGGAAGGAAGAACUGAUACCUUGAUAUCACGGAUAUUUAUGUUUAGUAACCAGUAAUUCAGAGAUUGGUAUUCAUGGUUACUAUAACGAGGCUGUAGAAACGCACCCUUUCUUCUUUGCAAAUGGUCCUGUAUUUAUGUCUAAGCCGAAACUGGAACCUCUGAAUAAUUUAGAUUUAUUCUUGUUAUUUUCUAAAAUACUUAUCUACAGUAUACCAUAAGGAAUGAUACCGUAUCGCACCUAAUCAAGUGCCUUAAGAAACAUCAACAGGAUAUCACAGUAAUCCCGUAUCGACUGAUAUUUGUAGCCACUACAAUAUCUAUGACACUGGUAGUAAUUAUGAGAACAAUAAUGAUGUGUUCUAUAAGAGGAAAUGAUGAUUAGGAACAAAAACUUACAGGAGAUAUCAUGCGGUGGAUGGAUAAUAUGUAAAAGAUAUUAAGCAGUAUAUGAAUUUUCAUAUUGCGUAGAGAUAACAAAAUGAAUUUUAAAAAAUGUCGACAUGGUAAUAAGAAAUAGCAUCAUGACAAAGAAUAUAUAAAGACAGUUUCAUUUUUUAUAAAUAAAAAUUUGUUGUUCCAGAUUUUGAAAUAUAGUGAAACGUUUAAUUAGUAUCUUAAUAUCUUUAAAUAAUUAUUAUUUUAGAAUCAAUUGUAAUUGUAUCAUACGUACUUUUGAAUUCGUGCAAGAACAUAUGUAAUUUUGAAGUAGUUAUUAUUAGGAAAUUGUUAGACGCGAACAGUAUGCGAAAAGUUAGUAUGCAGUGUAAUAAUUAUCAAUCAAAACACAAGAAUUAAAUUCUUGAGGAAAAAAUUUCCGGAAUUUCUUAUUUACAUGAUUAUAAAGAAAUCCAUAAUAAAAAGGAGCUGCUUUCUAA